AAAUCAACCUCGUGGUUGUUUGUGGGGACUAGAUCUUCAAAAAGUACUACAAAAUGAGCUGGCCAAAUUUUUAGCAUGGUCACAAAAAUUAUAGUGCGCCAAAAGAACUUAAUUAAUAAACACUGUAAAUUUUAUAUAUAUAUUAGCAGGAACAAGAAUAGCAGGAGGAAUAUAAUGUUGAACUCUUAGUGUUUUUUUUUUUCAUGCAAAUUUGUCACUGUUACAAUGAAAAUGACAUAUUUUCUAGUAGUUAUCAUGCCAAAUCCAAAUCAUGAAUAUAAAAACUAAGAAUUUAUAUGUACAUUGAAUUAAUGUAUUAGUUCCACUUGCCAUCACCGCCAAAUCUUCUUCCUACAAUAUGCAAUUUAUUUUGUUGAUAUUUACAUUUUUCAGUACAUUUUCAAAGACCAAAUACUUCCUUAGAGUAAUGGGUUUGUUCAAAAGUAACCGUGUGGUUUAUAAGCCUGUGAAGGAUAUGAAUUUAGGACCUGAUAGCACUGAAUUCUAUCUUCAAGCUAAUGUCAAAGCUCCAAGGAUGACUGGAAUUGUGGUGAAGAUUGUAACUUGGCUGUUGGAGAGUAGAAUAUUUGGACCUUUACUAGUGUAUAUAUUGAAAGGAAAUAAUCUUAUUCAUAAGCAUGUUACAAAUGCAGAUUUAGAAGAACCACCAUUAUAUGUUCCCUUACAUCAUUUUGAAGAUCAUAAAGAACAAGAAGUCAAAUGCUUGGAUUUUAAUUUAACUCCACCAGAGAAAGUUGAAGUUGCAAUUAAUUGUUUACCUACAACUUUUGAUAAACCAAUUAAUGGAACAAAACCUUCAUUGAAUCGGUGGACCAUAAUGGACUAUUUCAAUGCUUACAGCUCAGGAGUCAUAACACCAAACAUGGUUGCAGAAAGAUUUAUAGCUGCCGUUGAUGAAUCUUCGAAACCUCGACUUCAAAUGGGAUUCUUUAUAAACUACAAUGUUGAAGAUAUACUUAGACAAGCAAAUGAAUCGACUAUUCGGUAUCAGAAAGGGGAACCUAUCUCUGUGUUGGAUGGAGUUCCUGUUGCUAUCAAAGAUGAAAUAGAUUGUUUGCCAUACCCUACUACAGGAGGUACAAAGUGGUUGCACAAACAAAGGCCUUGUACGGACGAUGCUGGCUGCAUUACGCGUUUAAGAUUAUGUGGCGCCAUGCUUGUUGGUAAGACUAAUAUGCAUGAACUCGGUGCUGGAACUAGCGGUAUAAAUCCACAUUAUGGGGCUUCAAGAAAUCCAUAUGAUGCCAGUAGGAUUGCAGGAGGUUCUUCUAGUGGAUCUGCUGCAGUAGUAUCGGCAGGGUUGUGUCCUGUUGCCCUUGGUGUCGACGGAGGAGGUUCAGUGAGGAUGCCUGCAGCACUAUGUGGUGUAGUUGGUCUGAAACCUACUUUCGGUCGUAUACCUCAUGACGGAGUUAUUCCUCUAAACUGGUCAGUUGGGAUGGUGGGAAUACUAGCAGGCACGGUCGAGGAUUCGUUGAUCACUUAUGCAGCUAUCAGCGGCGAAAUUCCCUCACAUCAGCCCUCUGGUGUGCCAGCCAAGAUAAAUCUUCCAAUACUGCCCUUAACAAAAUCCAUAUCUAACAUCAAGUUGGCAAAGUAUGGCAAGUGGUUUGAUGAUUGCAGUGAAGAUGUCAGAAUAUGCUGUUCACAUGCUUUGAAAAAGCUCCAGGGUCGUUAUGGUUGGAAGAUUGUAGAUGUCACAAUACCAGAAAUAGAAGUGAUGCGCCUGGCGCAUUAUUCAACAAUUGGAUCAGAGUGUCACACUUCACUUGAUUCUUUUCAAGAUAAAAAUUUAGCAGAAUCUGGAUGGGAUGUAAGGGUAGCACUUAAGAUCUAUGGUGCUUUCAGCAGCAUGGAGUAUAUUAAAGCUCAGAAAAUUAGGAACCGCCAGUUGCAGUUUCACAAGAAAAUAUUUUCCGAGGCGGAUGUCAUUGUGUCACCAACAACAGGUGUCACUGCAUACCCAAUUCAAAGUGAUGCGUUGAAGACCGGUGAACUUGACUAUGUCAACGGAGCUGCACUUAUUCGGUAUUCCAUAGCAGGAAACUUCCUGGGACUUCCUGCUGUGACUGUUCCGGUUGGAUAUGAUAAAUCGGGUUUACCUAUUGGUCUUCAGUUUAUAGGGAGGCCUUGGGCUGAGGCAACACUGUUACAUUUGGCAUUUGCAAUGCAGGCCAUAUGCAUGUCAGAAUACAGAAAGCCAGCUAUAUAUUAUGGUUAUGAUCUGCUCAGAACAAAAUAAAUAGAUUCAUUAUUGAUUGGAGUAUAUUCAUAAGGAAGUGGGCACAAAUUUUAAUAUAAUUUCAAUGCAACUUUUAUGUCCCUGCCUAUCAAUUUCAAUGCAACUUUUGUUGGACAACAAUUGAUUUGAACAAAUAAAUACAAAAAUUUAAAAUGGAACAUAAUGUGUUCAACAAA